CGCGGGGGACACGCCGCAGUCACCGGAGAGGAGGCGUCGGGCCGGACGCGGCUCCCGCACGGCCACGAUGCUCGACGGCACCGUGGACUAUUUCUUCGCGCGGAACCGCAUCCGGCGGAGGGACGCGGCCGCGCUCACCUGGGAGCACGCCGUCAACAGCAGGAGCCGCCUCGGACACGCGCUCGCAGGUCCCGCUCACAUGAUGGAAGCUGACAUCAUCAUGAGGGGUCGUGACCCCAGGGAGCCCGUCAUGGCCCACCCCCCCGACACGGACAGUGACCUCACCCUGAGGGAGUGGCUGGAGGCCGUGAAGGCCCACGACGUGGGGAUCAAGCUGGACUUUAAGAGCCUGGAGGCGGUGCCCCCCUCCCUGGUCCUCCUGCAGAAGGUCCUGGGGGAGACGCAGCGUCCCGUGUGGGUAAAUGCAGACGUCCUCAGUGGUCCCGGGGGCCGGGCCACACCCCUGGAGCCUCAGGCCUUCCUCUCCGCCGUGACGGCUCUCCCCGCCCACACCGUGCUGUCUCUGGGCUGGACCACAGGAUGGACCGCGGGAUCAAGUAACCCAGGGUACAGCUGGGACAUGGUGCACGAGAUGGAGGAGAAGUGCAGGAACCUGGAACAUCCCGUCACCUUCCCGGUCCGGGCUGCGCUCAUGGCUCACUCCUUCUCCCAGCUGUCCUGGCUGCUGCAGCAGUCACACAGGUACAGUCUGACCGCGUGGACGGCCCAGACGGACGAGGUGGCACCGCAGGACCUGCUCCCCUACAGAAGAGGCUUGGACGUGAGCAGGAUCUACUACGACCUGCCCGACUGUCUGACAGCAGAGCUGGCUGCCCCUUCACAGGACUGAAGACGGGAAAGAGAGGAUGAAGAACAGAGAGAGAAGAGAAAGAUGUGUUGUCAAAGGUCCAAAAUAGCAGAUAUAUUAGUAUUAAUGGAGAAUUAAGAGUUCUAUGUACAUGUUGCUGAUACCUGGUUAGUUGGUGGACUACAGAGACACUAUAGAAACAGGUGUAUGCAGCAGACGCUGGGGGGGUCAGGGGGGGCUGCGGGUCAGCAUGCAGCUCCUGAAGCUCUGGCCUGCAAAUGUGGAUAGAAGAGAGAAGG